AUCUUCCAUCUUCGAAGGCACCCAGAGAAACAUAUCGCAGACAUCCGCACUUGAGUCGUUGAGCAGAGUUGCUACCGGUCAGAUCUUCCCAACCCGCCGGCGGCGAUGGCUGCUCCUCCCGCGACAUCCUCCGCGGUCGCAAAUCCCUCCCCCUGCGCGCGGCUGCCCAGCGCGUCUCUGCGUGCGCCGAGAGCCGCCGCCGUCUCCUUCCCCUCACGCCCACGGCCGGCCGCACUGGCCGCACGAACUCGGCAGUCGCGGCGCCUGGACGUGGCCGCCGCCGCGGGGCACCAGAAGCUGAUGGGGUCGCUGACCAACACCGAGGGGCUCAGGUUUGGGGUGGUUGUGGCACGGUUCAAUGAGAUUGUGACAAGCUUGCUACUGCAGGGGGCCCUGGAGACAUUUGAGCGAUACUCUGUCAAAGCGGAAAAUAUAACAGUUGUUAGUGUUCCUGGAAGCUUCGAAGUUCCUGUUACGGCACAAAAGCUUGGGAAGUCUGGAAAAUUUGAUUGCAUUCUGUGCAUUGGAGCUGUGAUUAGAGGUGACACAACCCACUAUGAUGCUGUUGCAAACUCUGCUGCAUCAGGUGUACUCUCUGCUGGAUUGUCUGCUGGUAUUCCUUGCGUAUUCGGUGUUCUAACCUGUGAAGAUAUGGACCAGGCUCUAAAUCGUGCUGGUGGCAAGGCUGGAAACAAGGGUGCCGAAGCUGCUAUUACUGCUAUUGAGAUGGCCUCGCUGUUCCGGCAUCACUUAGGCUGAGACCCGGUGGAUACCGAUUUCUUUGAGAGACAACCUUUCCUUGCAUCCAUGGCUAACAGAGCUAGUUUUGGCUAGUAGAGGUUUUUGCCGCAGGCUAGCAUUUAUGGUGCUGUUCCCAAAUGCUUGUUUUCUUUGUUGAUGAUUUGCAAGGCUCAAGAGGCCUGUUGUUCAACUGUGAUCUGUGAGAGACUUGAGACCAUGAAUAAUUGUCACGUAGUGCGGCUCAUGCUCAUGAAUAAAAGCUGCUUUCUUGCA